AUGAAGAACGCCAAGGCCAAGAAGAAGCCGGCGCUGAAGCUGCCCGAGCUUACGUGCGAUGAGCUACGCAAGAUCCUGCGCAUUCGUUGCAAGCUCGUCCUGAACGACUUCGAGAAGAAGUAUGAUUUCAGGUACACCCGGGAGGAAUCGGAGAAGCUCGCGCAUCAGGAGCGUGGCGGACGCAAGUAUCUGCCGCCUGAGGGAUGGGCGAAGCUCGCCCUGGCCGUCAAGGACAAGUACGCUAGCAACAAAUGGCUGAAGAAGGAGUCGGGCUGGCCGGUCGUGUAUCACGGCACGCGCGCGCGGCCGUGCAUUGUGCGCGGCAUCGUGCGCGAGGGGUUCAAGAUCAGGGGCGGCAAGGAGACGGCGCACAACGGCUCGCGCUACGGCCAGGGCGUCUACUGCACGCCCGACCCUGCUUACGCAGUCCAUUAUGCCAAGCAGCAGAAACUUGAGACGUCGGAGCAUGACGAUGAGUUCCUUGUCGUCUUCCAGUGUCGCGUGGAGCCUGAUAGCUUCACUGUCGAGCGCGACACCAACGACGACAACUCCAGAGCAAUUUGGCGCGUCGCGGACCCGACGAACCUCCGCCCAUGCGCCGUGCUCAUGUCCACCGUUGCUCCUUAG